AUGAACGAUCGACCGAAAGAGGAUGGACAAAUCGCAAAAUCAAUGGCAAUGAAAAGUGAUACUCUCCAAAGUAUUACGAGUGUUCCUCCUGUUAUCAAUUUACCCAAGCCUUCUCAAACUACUUCCGGUUCUAGUAACAUCAAGUCUACUGAUAUUUAUUCAGAUUCUGAUGACGAACUUAACGAAGAUAAAGAGGUAGAGGAAAGAUCUGCCAGACACGGCACGGCUGAGGAAGUGAUCACGGUCUCAUCUUACCCGAAACGAAAUCGUCCAUCGGUUAACUAUGACGAAGGCAUCUGGAGCAUCAAAAUACCCGGUCCAAAGCGAACUAAGCUAACUCCCACAAAUUCGGUCUCAAAAUUCCGUGGUGUCAUUGUUGGUACUUGGAAGGACUCAGAGCAACUUGACGACCACGACAAACAUAUCGUCCAUGGAUUUAUCGAUGAUCGAGAACGACUUCGGUUCAGGAUCUACGGAACAAAUCGUCAACACAGCAAGUCUCUGGCUAUUUCUCCAGGAGCUUACGGCUGCUGGGUCAAAUUCCAAAAGAUCGCCUUUGAUCCUUAUCUAAAUACAAAGACUCCCGAUCAAAUCAAAGACUACGUCAUUUUCAAGUCACAAGAAAAUCAAAAACAAUCAGAUGGGCUUUCGCGUGAAUCCCAUGACUUUGACGAUGAUGUUUCUGCUAAAGUCAAUGACAUUCAAACAUCGCCUAAACCAGAAAUUCUUCUUGGAUUUUGGGCGGACUCAAACCAGGUGAAUAAAAAAGACAAACACGCAGUAUUUGGUACCGUUACCAAUGGCAAUCGUAAAUUCAGGUUCAUGAUUCGAAAAUCUACUCGUGAUGGGCGUUUCGUGUUAGGCAAUUUUCCGCUGGGCAUUGGAAACUAUCAAACCCGAUACGAAAAGAUUGUGCUUGAGGAGCAUUUGUCUAAGCUGAAGCGCCCGGAAGUUGAACAGUAUAUUCUUAUUCGUCAAAGAGAAAUACUGGAAGGUGGUGAUCGUGAUUCGCGCAGCCAGCAACUCAACGCAGUCAGACUGGCCAAGGUUGCUGUGGCAUCACGAUAUCCGUCAGAUCGAAACGGCUCUAGCUACGAUGUUUCCAAUCCCGAUCCCGAAAUUGAACAAUCUAUCAGACACCGGGAGAUAUCGAGAGGAAAGAUAGCAGAUGGAAAGCAGCCGCCACAUCCGCAGCGAGCAAAUAAUAUUUCUGUCGACUGUACUCUGGGAGACCAAUCUGCCCCCCAAAGAAAAUCGUCGGCUGAGCGACAACUCGCAAAGUCGAUGACCAAAUUGAACAAAACAUGGGAAGCUCAACAGGAAGCGAAGACUCAGCAGCCAGUCACCUCUACACGUCCAGAGCCUUCUGCGAGUAGCAGCUCUUUGUCUAACGAUAAUGUCAAGAUACACGAUGACAUCAAAUACACGAGAAGACAGAAUGGUAUAUUCGAGGGGAAACAUGUUGGACCCCCACAGCUUUUGAAUAUAGAUGGAGAAGAUUACGUCGAGUAUCGAGUGUUGACAAAGCCGACCACUUUUUGA